AUGGGUAGAAGGCAUAUCCAAGAUGUACCUGGGGAUCUUGGAUCUUUGGGUCUGGGCCCUGUGCUCCCAGACUCUGCUGCACCUGCUUCUGCCAUGCAGCAGAAAGCAGACAUCGCAGUUGGAAAUCCAAGGAUUGCAACUAGUGGUUACAAGACAACACUCUGCAGCUGUUUUAACACUGCUGAAGGCUUGCAGAAGGAGGUCCGCACCUCAAAGGGAGAGCCAAGGGACGAUGUGCACCGGGGGUCACCGUUCGCAACGGAAAUACGCGACCAGCCGGUGCCCGCAAGUUUUCGACUCCCCUCCCUGGACGUCUAUGACGGCACCACAAACCCCGCGGACCAUGUGGCCGCCUUUCGGGCUCAGAUGGCGCUAUACGGAACCUCUGACGCUCUGAUGUGCAAGGCGUUUCCCACGACCCUAAGGGGGCCAAACCGCACAUGGUACAGCGGCUUGAAGACCGGAGGAAUCGCCUCCUUCGACCAUCUCACCAAGGAGUUUGAGCUCAACUUCUUAGCUUUGUCCCGACCGAAGCCAUCCGUCGCCCUGCUCCUUGGACUAAACCAAAAGGAGGACGAACCCCUCUCUCGUUUUGUGAACCGAUUCGCCACAGAAAUCAGGGGCUUGUUAGAUGCUCACCCCUCCUUAUUGAUGCAGGCAUUCAUGGCGGGUCUCCGUCCCUCUAGGUUUUUCUGGUCCCUCGUGGAACGACCCCCCACCGCAGUUUCAGAAAUGCUGCAGCGAGCCAACCACUAUGUUGCGACGAAAGCCUGGAUGUCGGGGAGGCGCGAGGAGCAUAAAAGGCCCCGGACGGAGCCACCACAAGGGCAACUGCCCGGCCCGCCGAGGCGCAGAUCGGACCGGUCCGACCCGUCCGUGCCGCGGUCGCCACUCCCCGCUUUGGGAACGUCCCGAACGCAGAUAUUCCUCCAGAUAAAAAAGAGGGGGCUACUCCAAAAACCCAGUCCGAUGAGGAGCCCAUGGGAGCUCGCGGACAAGACGUGA